CAAGACCCAUGAUAUCAAUCCCCUAUACCCACAGUUACAACUUACACACUCUCCCAAACAAAGAUGGUUGGCUCUCUUCAGAUUUUCUCAAUGAAAUCGCCAUCUUCCAACUUAAGCUUCACGAAGAUCAAAAGCCUAAUCCACACCCUCAUAUAUUCGCACAUGUGCCGCAUCAUUCGAGCUCUCUCCAAAGCCAAAACCACCCUCGUUGAGAUUGUUAAGGAAAUUCAGCACAUUCAAAUCAUAUUCCCCCAAGACAAGGACAAGAACAAAAAGCUAUUCUUUGGGUCAUUUAGGCUACACUAUAACUGGUGUUCUUCCCAUGUGGUUCCUGUACCUGCGCCUGUUCUAAACGGGCUUUCCAAUACCCAUUUCUACUAUGAUUCGACGUGGAAUUCUGUUCUUUACACGGGUGAUCAGAAAGGCGAGGACGCCGGGGAGUCACAGCUUUCCGGCUACCUCCGGUGGCUUGAAGAAAAUGUUCGUGAUGACAAUUCUACCAGUGAUCAGGAGGAUGUCAAUGAUGUUGAUAAGCUUGCCGAGAUGUUCAUAGCAAACUGCCACGAGAAGUUCAGGCUGGAGAAGGAGGAAUCAUACAGGAGAUUCCAAGAUAUGAUGGCUAGAAGCAUAUGAAUCCAAGUCGACACAAAUGCUGGAUAGAAGCAAGAGUACUCAGGCCGGCCGCUUGCCAGAAUCAUGUCAGAUAUGGUGUUUGUUGUACCUUUUCUACUUUCCCAUUCUUUGAUGUUAAAUUUGUAAGCUGGAUGGGAAAGUACAGUGAUUGGUUGGAUUCAGUUUUUAGUUUUAAAUUGUAUGCUUUUUUCGUACAACUUUCUUACUUGGUUUUAUGUGUUUCUCUUCAACUGCUGAGGGGUCUCUGGAGAAUUCAUGUACAUGAUGGGUGUACUGGGGAUUUGUGCAAUUCUUGUCUUCAUAUAUAUAUAUAUAUAUAUAAACGAUGAUUGUGGUGGGCA